UCCAUUUUGUCGGAUACUGGAGCAUCGAAUUGGUUGUUUUUCCAAGUACAUCAAGCUCCAUAACUCGGGUUGGAAACCAUGAAUAUGAGAAUGGGUUGAACAGCUUAUUUAUCGACGUUUCUCAUAUUAUUCCACAUUAACCAACACCAUUAACACUACGCAACCCAUCUAAGCGCAAUGUCAACCCCCGGAGCUAGCCAAGGUCCAGUUCUACGGCCAGCCACACUCGCCCACGUCUUCUUGCGCACCAACAAAUUUCCCGAGAUGGUGGCAUGGUACAAAGCCGUUCUCGGCGCCGAAGCGCGUUUAGAGUCUGACCGCAUCUCAUUCCUCUGCUUCGACGCCGAGCACCACCGCGUCGCCAUAUGCGCACUCCCCGACACAGGGGAUAAGAUCAAGACCGGCGCUGGGCUGGAGCACAUGGCGUUCGGGUUCGCUUCCCUCGACGACCUGGCGCUCGCCUACCAGCAGCGCAAGGCGCGGGGGAUUACGCCGUCCUGGUGCGUCAAUCAUGGUAUUACGAUGCCCAUUUAUUAUAGUGACGCCGAUGGCAAUAUGGUCGAGACGCAGGCCGACUCGUUCGAUAGCAAUGAGGAGGCAACCGCGUACAUGCUGUCGGAGGAGUUCAAAGAGAACCCGGUCGGCACGGAGGUUGACCCCGAGGAGUUGGUUAGGCGGUUACAGGCUGGUGAGGAUCGCGCGGAGAUUAGGAAGCGCGAUGGGCCGUGUGCUGGAGCGCCGAAGGGUUGAGCUGCUUCUGCUGUGAAUACUGAGUGUUUGAUGUGAUUGGGUUGUUGUUAGCAUGAGACUCAACAUUCUUUAAAUAGUAAAUGUCUACAAUAUGGCACA